AUGGCGCGGUAUAUGGCAGUUCCGACGUUUGGGAACGACGAGAUAAAAGCGGCAGAUGGACGGUAUACGGCAGAAUAUGACAACGACCUGGAAGCGACCUACGGGUCGAAGACAAAGGACACUCGAGAGAAGAGAUGGAAGCUGAUGCGAAGCAUUGGCGGGCUUUUGGUGGCGGCGAUGCUGGUGAAGAUGGGGACAUGGCUGUGCGGGUUUGACGUGUCGAUCUCGGUGCGACGAACGGGAGGUGGAAAUGAGGAUAGGAGUGAGGCAUGGCUUGCGAAGGCGGUGACGACGAAGGCGCCCAAGGCGAACGUGUGGGCAGCAAUCUCGGCGGAAGACAAUGCGGCAGUAUGGAACUGGCUGCACGAUGAGUUGCAGGGACUGAACCUGACGCAUCCAGACGAGGCGGGGAUCAACGACAACCAGGUGUACUGGAUCGACACAGUAGCCGUGAACAAGACGGAUGCACUGGCAUUUGUGGACGGCAACGGAACACAGCCAGCGAUGUAUGCUCGAGUGGUGCUGUACGAAGGAGGGAAGCCAGAGCCGGUGGCCCAAGAGUACAUGGUUGGGCCGUUGCCAGUGGGACCAAAGACUCAGAUGACAAAGCUGGACUACAUCUACAACGGCGGGAUGGGCGGUUCGGUGCCGUACAACGCGCGAGGGAUGGACGGGGCACGUCGACGGGCACUGGACCAGCUGUUGGUGCCAGCGAUGGCGGAGAUUGUCGACAUCACACGCACGCUCUUCUCGGGGGCAGCGUACUUUGGUCAGGACGAUGCGCGGACGACAGUGCGGAUCACAUCGGGCACACCUCUAUCGCUAGACGGCAGCCAGGCACACAUGCACGUGGUGUUCCAUUUUCCGGGUGCAGCCAUGUAUCUGUUGCCGCUGGACUUUUACGUGCUGAUCGAGUGGAGCGGGACAGACACACGGCUGUGGCGGGUGCGCGGAUUCGUGACCAAGGGACGGCUGUUUGCGGAUGCAACAGCAUUGCGCGAGGCCUUUGCAGCGGGCGAGCUGGAGCCCGAGUUCACGCAGCGUCGAGACUAUGACUGGGCGCUGGUGAAGCAGCAGCCCGCGCUGGGAGUGCGGCCGCUAGAGGAGCGCGCAGCGCCGCGCAGCCGUGAAGUUGGCGGGAAGCGAUACAAGGUCGACGAGGCAGAACGUUAUGUCGAGUACAUGGGCUGGUCCUUUUACGUCGCCCACACGCGCACGCUCGGGGUCAUGUUCUUUGACGUGCGUUUCCGCGGCGAACGCAUCCUGUACGAGCUGUCCAUGCAGGAGGCCGCGUCGCAGUACGGUGGUUUCCAGCCCAAGGCGGCCUCGACCGUCUAUCACGACACGUCGUACAGUCUGGGCGCCGAUCUCUUUCCGCUGGUCGAGGGCUUUGACUGUCCGCGCGGCAGCACGUUCUGGGACCUGACGUACCACGAGCGCAACGAGACGAAGACGCACGAGCACGCGCUGUGCAUCUUUGAGCAGGACCCGGGCCAUCCGCUGUCGCGCCACCGGGCAGCCGAUGCCGACGAGACGGGCGCUCCAGGACUCGGCAGCGUGGGGGUGGUUCGCGAUGCCGAGCUGACGGUGCGGUUUGUGGCCACGGUCGGCAACUACGACUAUCUCUUUAGCUAUGCCUUUGGUCUGGACGGGUCGCUGGACGUCAGCGUGCGCGCGUCCGGCUACCUCAUGUCGUCGCCGCUCUACUCCGACGCCGCCGGCGGACGGCUGUUUGGGCCGCGCAUCCAGGAGGCGACACAGGGGUCCAUCCACGAUCACGUGAUCACAUUCAAGGCAGAUCUCGAUGUAUUGGGGCGGGCGAACCGACUGGAGCGAACGACCGUCCGGGCCGUCGAGCAGACACAGCCGUGGUUUGCCGACAUGGGCACGUUUGAGCAGCUGCAGCUGGACGUCGCCACGGUCGCGACCGAGACGUCGCUGGCCUGGGCUGCCAACGGCGAGAGCAUGUACGCGGUCGUGUCGGACGAGCGCAACGCCUGGGGUGAGCGCCGCGGCUAUCGCGUCGUGCCUGGACGCUCCAACAUGCGGCUCACCACCCUGCGCUCGCCCUGGUCGCGCGACAACAUGGCCUACGCCAAGGCACAGCUCGCCGUCACGCGCCAGCACGACAGCGAGCCGUAUGCCAACAGCGUGCACAACGCGAACCUGCCGUGGCGGCCCCAGCACGACUUUGCCCGCUUCUUCGACAACGAGUCCGUCGACGGCCAGGACCUCGUCCUCUGGCUCAACCUCGGCAUGCACCACUUCACCCGCGCCGAGGACGUCCCCGUCACCCUCUUCUCCCAGGCCGUCAGCAGCGUCAGCUUCGCCCCGCAGAACUUCUUCGAUCGCGCCCAGGACGGCGACCUGACCAACCGGAUCUGGCUCGAGUCCGACCCGGUCGAGGGGCCAUCAGCGUGGCAUGGGGGUAGGAAGUGA